GCAUGCCUGGAAACUCAGCCCUGCGAGGGAGCAGAAUUCAUCCAAGCAUGGACAGUGACCACUCCUUGCCUCUUCAGCAGCGCUAAAAAAUCGGGUUCUGAAAUAAAUUUUUUUCAGAAAAAUCGGACAUCCCGCCCCGCCGAGCCCCGUUCCCCGGGCGCUCCCCGCGGGUGCCGGGGGUCGCUGUCCUUCGGGCCGCUCCCUCUCCCUCACGGCGCCGCCUGAGGGGCGCGGCCAUGGCGGGGGCGGGGCCGGGCGCGCGCGCGUCGGGCGGCGCGGGGCGGGGCGGGCAGGCGGGAAGAUGGCGGCGCCGGGCGGAGGGUGGCCCGCGAUGUGCGAGAAGUUCCGCGCCGCCCGCACGCUCUCGGCCGUGGAGUCCCUCAAGGACCCCGAGACGGAGCCGUACCGCUCCAAGUACAGCGCCCGGGCGCUGCUGCAGGAGGUGAAGCAGCUGCUGAGCGCCGCCGAGGAGGGCGGCGAGGCGGUGCUGGCCGUGCGGCGGGCCGUGCUGGAGUACGAGCUGGGCGUCAACCACACGGACACCGAGGAGCUGUCGGCCGGCGACGAGCACCUGCAGCGCUGCACGCAGCUCCUGGAGCCGCACCGCCUCUCCCCGGACUGCGUGUCCCUCUACAUACAGGCCCAGAACAUUCUGGGGAUCCUGUGGUCUCAAAGGGAUGAAAUUGAAACUGCACAAACUUACCUGGAAUCUGCAGAAGCCUUGUAUAAUCAGUACAUGAAAGAGGAUGGAAAUCCUCCCCUGGAUCCCAGUGAACAUUUCAUGGCAGAGGAAGAAAAACUCACAGACCAAGAAAGAUCCAAAAGAUUUGAAAAAGCCUACACACAUACUCUGUAUUACCUGGCACAAGUGUACCAGCACCUGGACAUGACUGAGAAGGCUGCUCAGUAUUGCCACACUACCCUGAAGCGGCAGCUCGAGUACUGCGGCUACUGCCCGGUGGAAUGGGCUCGCAACGCUGCCACUUUGUCACAGUACUAUCUCUCCAAGGAAUGCUUUAUGGAGGCUCGACACUGUCUAGCAGCAGCCAGUGUCAUCUUCAGCCAAGCUGGACAGGUGCCAUCUGCUGAAGACUCAUAUGAAACAGAGCCAGACCAACAGGACCUUCCAGAGAGGAAAGCUGAAAUUGCAAGGUGUUGGAUUAAGUAUUGCCUGAAUCUUCUGCAAAGCGCUCGGAAAUUGCUGGAGGAUAACAUAGGAGAGCUGGAUCCAGACAGGCAAUUGGAACUUAAAGCCCAAAGGAAAAAAGAAGAGGAUGAGAAGGAGAAGGGCAGGAAAAAAGCUGUCCUUUUUGGGACAAGUGAUAUAAGUGACUCUGUCUUAGCCAUGGAGGAGAAAGUGAGCAGCAUAUAUCCUUUAGAUUUUCAAGAAGCCAGAGAAGUCUUCCUGGUUGGUCAGAACUAUGUUCAGGAGGCAAAAGAGUUCUUUCAGGUCGAUGGUUAUGUUACUGACCAUAUUGAAAUUGUUCAGGAUCACAGUGCUUUGUUUAAGGUGCUUGCUUUCUUUGAAGAAGACUAUGAGAGGCGCUGCAAAAUGCACAAGCGUAGAAUAGACAUGCUGGAGCCCAUCUAUACAGACCUGAACCCCCAGUACUACCUGCUGAUCUGCAGGCAGCUUCAGUGUGAGCUAGCUGACACCUAUUAUGAGAUGAUGGAUUUAAAGGUGGCUAUUGGUAACAGGCUGGAGAAACUAGACUCACACACAGUUAAAAAAAUUAAUUCUCUGGCUCAGUUUGCAAUCAAAUACUAUGAACUCUUCUUAGAUUCUUUGAGGAACCCUGAUAAGGUGUUUCCUGAAAAACUCGAGGAAGAUGUUCUUCGCCCUGCCAUGGUGGCUAAAUUUCACAUUGCACGACUGUAUGGUAAGCUUAUUACUUCAGAUAGCAAAAAGCAACUGGAAAAUAUGCAAACAUCAUUGGAAUAUUACUCAUUUCUGGUAGACUAUUGUGAAAAGUAUCCAGAUGCUGUCCCUGCCGUUGAAACUGAGCUAGAACUCAGUAAGGAGAUGGUGAAUCUUCUUCCAGCGAGCAUGGAGAGGCUAAGAGCAAAGGUGUCUUCAUUUGUAUAAAUGCUUGCCUUGGAGGCAAUGGGCACUAUCAGAACUGUUACCUGUCCAGGCCAGUGUUGUGGCACAGCUUCCCUACUGAUUGAUAGAAGUCAGGUGUCUGCAGGGACAUCCACCUACAGCCUGCACUAGUGUAACCUUGUGAACAACUCAGAGCUCUCCUGGUCCGUAGCUCACCCACACUAAUGGUAUAAACUCUAAAUGUAAAGUAUAAGUCCAGCUGAUGCUUUGUACUGUGUGUCCUAUAUGUAAAUAUAAACCUUUUCUCCCUCACAGCUUUUUCUUUGGUGUAUGAUUCAGUUCUUCAGUGUAGUGCUGUAUGAAAAUAGUUUCUUUAAAGAGAAUCUUCUUUAAGAAAUUUUUUUUCUUAUAAACCUGAGGCACGUUCUUCCAACUAGAAUGCAUUUUAUCUCUUCUAAUGUUUGUCCCCAGAAAACUUUAUCAAUGUGAAGGGAACUUGUUUUCAGUAUUUAUUUUGUAUGUUGCUUGUUGUUCUUUUCCCUUGUUAAUCAAAACCAGUUGAUAUAGGCUCAAUAAAUGGACUAGCUUGGCUAAAUGUU